CGCCACGUGAUUGGUCGUCUGAAAUGACAACAAACUACGUGUGUGUUCAUAAACAUUACGCGUACGAGAAUUAUCGUGAGGAAAAAUUGCCGGAGUCCGGAUCACAAAACCGUGUAGAAUUUGGCUAAAAAAGGGGAAACACCAGCUGUGUAGUCGGCUACAAAACACUCUAGCUGUAGCUGAUCCUGUCUAACCAAUCCGGGGACUGUCACGUGGCUGCAGUAUGUCCUACCCCUGUAUCCUGCAAGCCCAACCACCACACAAACCACACUACAUCACACAGCAGCAGCAUUCCCAGCAGCAGCAGCAGCAGCAGCAACCGAUUCCUGGCAAACAGGAGGCUAUUGAGAUGCGUCCAACGGCAGGUUUCAUACUCUUACCCCAGGAUCCACCCAUGCAGCCCAGCAGAGUGAACCACCAGAUGGAGACAGCCAUGUCAAAUGGUAUGGCCAUGCGCCCGGCCCCAGACUACAACAACCCACCCACCUAUGCCCUGGAGGAUAGCAACCGUAGGUCCCAGCUUCCUUAUUCACACCACAACCACAACUACGAGGAGCUACCCUUCCCACCCCAGCCCACAGAGUCCAGCACGGAUGACGUGGUGCUGAUGGAGGGGAAGGAGAGCUUCCAACGGCAGGGCUCACACACCGAGGUGGACCAGUACUUCAACCCGCCGCCUCUGCCGGUUCACUCCAUCUCCAGCACGCCGCUGACUAUCACUGAACCUGCUGAGAAGAAACCAAGAAAGAAAGUCAACCCAAUCUAUGAUCGCUAUGAGGGUCCCAUGGAGAAGAUCACCACGAGCAAGGAGGGGUACCAGAGGAGUGGCCCCAAGGCCCCUUCCUCCUCCAAGGGUCAAGGCCGUAGUUUCCCUGUUAGAUGUUUGCGUCAUCCCAUCACCACUGUCUUCAUCUUUGUCUUAGUCGCUGUGGUCAUCAUCGCUGUGGUGCUCAUCAUGUUAGGCAAAAUAGAGACGCCAGCUUCCAAUGGCUCGUCAGACACGCAGGUGCGGCCCAAAGUCACGGAUCCCCCUGCCACAACUCCGGGGUCGGAUGGCUCAGUCCCUGAUGAGUUGCUGAGAAUGAUACAGCAACAACAAAGCUUGAUUUUGGACUUGCAAGCAAGAAUUGGUACACUAGAGACCAUGCUUGGUGGGGGAAGUGAAGUCAAUGCGUCACUGAGUACCAAAGUAGCCUUGAAUACAAUAAAGAUUGAUGGUUUAGAAAGCAGGGUCAUUACUCUGGACGGUCCCACGGGAACAGUUGCUUUGCUCCAGGCUACCCAGUCUAAUACCAUCAAUAGUUUGGAGGCCACCAAGGGAAGAACAACCUCUUUAGAAAAUAGCACCAGGCAGCUAGACAUACAGAUGAGGAGCCUUACGGCCUUGGUUGCUGGACAGGGCAUGCGCAUCACUACCAAUGAGAACACAAACACAGGACAAAGCACAGCUAUCAGCACUGCGGAGCAAGAAAUAUCCAACCUCCGGCAAAAGUUUGACCUGGACCUGUCACAGGUGAACCGCACCAUUUACGGCGAGCUGGACACCAUCAGCAAGAUGCAAGGCCCUCGGGGGUUGAACGGGACGGACGGGGCGCCGGGACAGCAAGGCCCACCAGGCCAGCCGGGGGCAGGAGACCUCUCCAUGUGUGAUCACCAGGAAUUCUCUACCUCAACUGACACUUCUGUAGGUGCCACCUUCAGCCGGCUGGUCACUACACCAUCGGAUAAGAUCAUCACUGGAGUAGCGUGUGCAACCACUGGUGGAACUUUAGCCAACUUGAUGGUGGACACAACAGGCUCAGCCAUCACUUAUCGUUGUAGGUGUUCGGGAGAUGAUGGCAGUGCACAAAGAGUUUGCUAUAUUCACUACUGGCAGUGCCCAAAGACAAGCUAGACAAGAACAAGACUUUUUUUUAUGGGGUAAAAAUGUAUAUAUUUUUAAGCAAUUUUUAUAUGAUGUUUUUUUCUUUAAAAAGUAAUUUUAUAAUAAAAUUUUAAUCUGAAUCGAAUGAAUUGAAGAAUUUAAGUCAAGUUUCAUCCUGUAGGGAAAAAAAAACAGAGGAAAAAAAAAAAAAAAAA